AUCGAUGGUCCACAGUAGUUCCAAAGCUUUACAUACGUUUUUACUUCGGUAAUAAAUACUUACAUAACUGCACUAUAAGAGACUCAAGAAACAGAUUUUCACCAUAGCAUACGCCCCCAUCUUGCUGCCUUAUUCCCUCUCAUGCCCCUCCCGAAUGCUCCAAUGGAGACCAAUAAGAGCAACUGCAGCGCGAUUUCUCUUCCUACUGGCUUCUCUAAUAUUAACCUGAAGCAUGAAAUCCUAGAUGAUGACUUUGUCAUGGAUAAUAAUAUCUCACCAUCAAAAGGUUAUCUUCAAGAUUUCCAAGACCUCGGACAGCUUCUGGUGACAGCUUCAUUCUGUAAUUGGGAUACUGGGAUACACGCCAAUGGCUUCGAUCCAUUUGCUUCCCUUCCCCAUUGCUCUGUUACAGAUUUUGGUUUAUACAAGUUUAAGCCUUCUGAGGAAAACGGGGGCAUGCAUUCAGCCAUUCAGGACUUCCAGGCUGGUGGAUUCUUGAACUUUGCAGACAGGAAAGAUUUGUCAAUUGUAACUAAAACAGCUUCUGCAUACAAUUCAAAGCCUUUAUGCUUUGCGGUUCCUGAUGAGAGCUCUUGUGUGACUGGUAUUAAUUCUGGCCAUGACAAAGAUGGCAGUAAAAGAAACAAUGAUACAGUUCACGCCACUAAUGGCAACGUCAGUGAAUCUCUGUCAACCAAAAAGUCUGUUAGGGCCCCAAAGAAGUCUAAAUCAGCCAAGGGGCAGUGGACUGCUGAAGAGGACAGGCUCUUGAUCCAUCUGGUGGAGAAAUAUGGUGUGAGAAAAUGGUCUAAUAUUGCCCAAAUGCUGAAAGGCAGGAUAGGCAAGCAGUGCAGAGAGAGAUGGCAUAACCAUCUGAGGCCUGAUAUUAAAAAGGAUGUAUGGACUUUGGAGGAAGACAGAAUACUAAUUGAGGUUCAUUCUCAAGUGGGGAACAAAUGGGCUGAAAUCGCGAAGAGUCUCCCUGGAAGGACUGAGAACACCAUCAAGAACCAUUGGAACGCGACUAAGAGGAGGCAAUUCACCAGACGAAAAUGCAGGACCAAAUGGCCGAGGCCUAGUUCCCUCCUCCAGAACUACAUCAAGAGCCUCAACUUUGAGAAAGAGAGCAGCAGCAAGAGAUCGAAAAAGAACCAACCGCCGGCCACGAACAGUUCAAUUACCACAGCUCAGGAGACGAGCAUCGAGUUCAGCCUGGAUGAUCACAUGGUGCAGGAAUACGAGUUUGAUGAGAUCCAAGAUCUCACAUUUGAUGAUGAUAGCCUUUUCACUGGGAGCAGCAUCAACAUGUUGAUGGAUGAUGGCAUUCCGUAUGAAAUUGACGACGGACAAUGCUUUGGUGCUGGGCUUCCACUUGAUAUCCCUCCAUUGAUGCAGUGUGGAGUGAAGAAAGAGCUUGAUUUCCAUGGGAAUGCCUGAAAUAAGAAAUUUGAAUGAGGAGGGUGAUAAUAAAUCUUUAUUAUAUUGUCUAUUUAUUUAGUUUUACUAUAGGGAUACUUGUUUUUUCUAUACUAUGGCAUAAACGUGUAUGAUUUGCCUCAAUGGAGUCGCUCAAAGUUGGAACAAUGUUAUAUCCUGUACUGUUUUAUUA